AUGAAGUUACACCCCUGGGAUACAGUGAUCAAAGCUGCCAUGAGAAAGUACCCCAACCCAAUGAAUCCAUGUGUGGUAGGAGUAGAUGUCCUCGACAGAAGCCUGGAUAACCAGGGGAGGUUGCAUAGUCACCGUCUUCUCAGCACAGAGUGGGGAUUGCCAAGUAUUGUCAAAGCGAUUUUAGGAACAAGUAGAACUCUGACUUACAUUGAGGAACAUUCUGUGGUAGAUCCAGUGGAAAAAAAGAUGGAACUUUGCUCAACUAAUAUUACUCUCACGAACUUGGUGUCUGUUGAUGAGAGACUGGUUUACACGCCUCAUCCUGAAAACCCUGAAAAAACUGUGCUAACUCAAGAAGCAAUUAUUACUGUUAAAGGCAUUAGCUUGAGCAGUUAUCUGGAAAGCUUAAUGGCAAACACAAUAUCUUCUAAUGCCAGAAAGGGUCGGGAUGCGCUGGAGUGGGUGAUCAGCAAACUAAACACAGAAUUAGAGGAGCUGAAGUCAACGCGCGAGGGCAUGAAACCAGCCAUGGCAGCAGCAUCAACAGACAAAUAAAACCAAAAAUACCAAGUAACCGACAGAAAAGUUGUAUUCUGCAGACUGCUUUGUAGAUCUCCCUUCCAAGGCUGAUCUGCAGAGGUUUUAUACAUUUAUAAGAAUAUUGGAUCAGCGGAAAAGUAACCUCAUCCAUCAUCUCCACAGCACCUCCUGUUGCCUACUGAAGAUUAAAUUGACCUCCUGCAGAUGCUCCUUCCAUUUAAACAGUUUCUUUUUAACACUGGAAACAAACCAUUUAGCACAUUUAAAACUGCCUAAAUGUGCCUUUUAUAACAAGGAUAGAGAGUAUGUUAUAUUUACACCAUCUCGGUUUGUCAUACUCAAACUUGACAAG